CCAUCUCGCCCAAAGUGUCCACUCUUUAGAGCAGACAUGGAUGCUGUCGCCGGGGGAGCCGAAGCGCCGGAUCUCGUUUGCCAGCUCGACAGCGUUCAGGGCAUGGUGGAUGCCCUUAGUUCCGUCCGCUGGAAGCGCCACCAAGACGCAGUCAUCGAGCUAUCGGAACACGGAAUAGUUCUGAUCGUCGAAGAAACCGGCUGUUUGCAGGCGAAGGUCUAUCUCAAGCGCGAGCUCUUUAUGUUGUACGAAUAUGCUGCUGAGGGCCGGCCUAAGUUCGGCCUAAGCCUAGGAUUAUUCGUCGAUUGCCUUAAUACUUUCUCUGCGCCUGGCCAUUCCACUGUGAUUGAGAUUCGCUAUCCCGGGCCUGAUAUGCAGCUUCUUCUCAAGUCAAUGGAUUCCCCGGAUGCUUGUACCUAUGCAGAGAUCAGAACAAGGAUCCCAGACACCAUUUCCUGGGACUACCAUUUUGAGCCCACAGGGAAUGUUCCUGUCACUUUUACUGUCAGGUCUGCAGUGCUCAAGGAAGCAAUUGAAGAUCUGGAGUGGCCUGGUUCAAGUGUCCAGAUACGCAUACAACCUGAUCCUCCUUCUGUGACUUUCAAAGCUGAGGGCCAUGGCGACUUGCAGAUAGACUUUGAGUACUAUUCAAAUAACGAUCUUUUGGUCGCAUUUCAGUGUGACCGAAUACUCUCAUACAGAUACAAGUACAAAUUUCUGAAAGCAACCACUUCAAAUUUACCAAGCAGUGUUAUGAAGGACAACCGAGGAAGUAAGCUGACCAUUGGAAUGGGAGGAAUGCUUAAAAUCCAGCACCUGGUAACGGUCCUUAGAACUGUUGGCCAGCAUGCUUUUAAUGACUCCAUGCAGCAGCCCGGUCGAAUUGCUUACAUCGAGUUCUUUUUGAAACCAGAGGAGGAAGAUGAGACUCCAAUAAGUGACGAAUAGUUCAAAAACAAUUUUGAUUUUACCCUUUCGAUAAUCUUCUCCUUUGCCAAUUUGGGAGAUUGUUUCUCAAGGUUGUGGU